AGAGGGGAGGUCGCGAAGUGGGCACCUUCCUAGCAAGAUUUUCUUUGCACAAAGCUUGCAGAGAGAGAAAUCUUUAGAGCUUAAAGCCACUCUUUAAUCCAGCCCCGGUUUUAUUUUCUCUCUCUCUCUCUCCAACCCAUCAUCUCUCGCACACACGCCAACGCGGCGAGCGAGUGAUCGAGAAGGGAAUUAAAUUCCAGGACACCGCGGGCUCUCCAUCGGAUCGGUAGCUCAUGGCCGCCAUCAUGGCCUCCAUAACCAGCGAGCUCCUUUUCUUCCUCCCCUUCAUCCUCCUGGCCCUGCUCACCUUCUACACCAGCGCCGUGGCUAAAUGCCACGGCCUCCACCGGUGGAGCGGCCGGACCAAGAAGAGGCGGCCGAACCUGCCGCCCGGCGCCGUCGGCUGGCCCUUCAUCGGCGAGACCUUCGGGUACCUCCGCGCCCACCCGGCCACCUCGAUCGGCCAGUUCAUGGACCAGCACAUCGCACGGUACGGGAAGAUAUACCGGUCGAGCCUGUUCGGGGACCGGACGGUGGUGUCGGCGGACGCGGGGCUGAACCGGUACGUCCUGCAGAACGAGGGCCGGCUGUUCGAGUGCAGCUACCCGCGGAGCAUCGGCGGCAUCCUUGGCAAAUGGUCCAUGCUGGUGCUCGUCGGCGACCCCCACCGCGAGAUGCGCUCCAUCUCCCUCAACUUCCUCAGCUCCGUCCGCCUCCGCGCCGUGCUCCUCCCGGAGGUGGAGCGCCACACCCUCCUCGUCCUCCGCGACUGGCUGCCUUCCUCCUCCUCCGCCGUCUUCUCCGCCCAGCACGAAGCCAAGAAGUUCACGUUUAACCUGAUGGCGAAGAACAUCAUGAGCAUGGACCCCGGCGAGGAGGAGACGGAGCGGCUGAGGCUCGAGUACAUCACGUUCAUGAAGGGGGUGGUGUCCGCGCCCCUCAACUUCCCCGGCACGGCCUACUGGAAGGCCCUCAAGUCGCGAGCCACCAUACUUGGAGUAAUAGAGAGGAAAAUGGAGGAGAGGCUUGAGAAAAUGAACAAGGAGGCCUCGAGCAUGGAAGAAGAUGAUCUUCUCGGGUGGGCGAUGAAGCAAUCCAAUCUUUCGAAAGAACAAAUAUUGGACCUCUUGCUGAGCCUGCUCUUUGCCGGGCAUGAGACAUCGUCAAUGGCGCUUGCCCUCGCCAUCUUCUUCCUCGAAGGUUGCCCUAAAGCCGUCGAAGAACUGCGGGAGGAGCAUCUUGAGAUUGCUAGGAGACAGAAGCUGAGAGGGGAGUGCAAGCUGAGCUGGGAAGACUACAAAGAGAUGGUUUUCACGCAAUGCGUUAUAAACGAGACCUUGCGGCUAGGCAACGUGGUCAGGUUCCUGCACCGGAAGGUCAUUCGAGAUGUGCACUACAAUGGGUAUGACAUUCCGAGCGGGUGGAAAAUUCUGCCGGUGUUAGCGGCGGUGCAUCUCGACUCGUCGCUCUACGAGGAUCCCAGCAGCUUCAACCCUUGGAGAUGGCAGGGCAACGCGUCUGGGGUGGCGCAGAACAGCAACUUCAUGCCCUACGGCGGCGGCACGAGGCUCUGCGCCGGGUCGGAGCUCGCCAAGCUCGAGAUGGCCAUCUUCCUGCACCACCUGGUGCUCAACUUCCGGUGGGAGCUCGCCGAGCCGGACCAGGCGUUCGUCUACCCGUUCGUCGACUUCCCCAAGGGGCUGCCCAUCAGGGUCCAUAGGAUUGCGCAGGAGGAGGAAGGAGAAGGGGAGUAAAGCGUUUUGACCGUGGACAUAUAUGGUCGGUGCUUCAGUCUAGCGUCUAGGGGAGAGUAUACAGAGGAAAUGUACACAUGUCCGUCCUUGUUUUCUUUCCCUUUGGGGCUUGUGUUAUGUAGAUGGGAUAAACAAAGUUGCUAGGGUGUUACCAUAAGAGGAAAUGUUGGUAGGCUCAGCAGUAGAGUUGUAAUAAGGCCGGCCCACAGCCCACUAGUAAGUGAUUCCAAAGAGUAGGCCUAGCGGUCUUGCUAUCUUGCCUCGUUCC